GGGGAAAGCGAGGGACCAAAUGACCGUGAGGAAGGGCGGCAGCCGCCACCGCCGAGAGAGCAGCCAGCCGCGGCGCAGCCCCAGCCCCGGCAGGAGACCCGACGCCCGCGGGGCCCGGCCCCCCCCCGGCCGGCGGGGCGGCGAUGGCGGCGGGCGGCGGGCGGCGGGCGGGCCGCCGGGCUUAGGGCGCGGGCGGCGGCGGGGCUGAGGCGGGGCCCCCCCCCGCCCGCGGGCGCCGCAUGGCGCGGGCCUGAUGCCGGAGAGCGGCCCGGCGCGGCGGCGGCGCUGCGGGAGGAGGAUGGCGGGGCUGGCGUGGAAGUGGCCGCGCACCCGCCUGCCCGUGGGGGCCAGCGCCCUGGGCGUCUUCGUCCUCUGCUGGCUCUACGUCUUCCCCGUCUACCGGCUGCCCGACGAGAAGGAGAUCGUGCAGGGGGUGCUGCUGCAGCAGGGCAAGGCGUGGAGGAGGAACCAGACUGCGGUCGCCCUGUUCAGGAAACUGCUGGAAGAAUGCUGUGACCCCGGGCAGCUCUUUGCGAUGACAAAGCUGAACUCCCCAAUGGGAAAGAACCUCUGGUUUGAUGGGGAAUUUUUAUAUUCUGUCACUAUUGACAAUGCAACUUACUCUCUCUUCCCACAGGCUACUCCCUUCCAGCUGCCACUGAAGAAAUGCUCCGUGGUGGGAAACGGUGGGAUCCUGAAAAGGAGCGGCUGCGGCAAACAAAUAGAUCAAGCAGAUUUUGUCAUGCGGUGCAACCUUCCUCCUCUGUCCAGUGAAUACAGCAAGGACGUUGGAUUGAAAACCCAGCUGGUGACUGCCAAUCCCAGUAUCAUUCAGAAAAGGUUUCAGAAUUUGCUGUGGUCUCGAAAAGCAUUUGUGGACAGUGUGAAGGUGUAUAACCACAGCUACAUCUACAUGCCAGCCUUCUCCAUGAAGACUGGGACAGGACCCUCCCUACGUGUCUAUUACACCUUGGAGGACUUCAGUGCCAAGCAAACAGUCCUUUUUGCCAACCCCAAUUUCCUGCGUGACAUUGGCAAAUUCUGGAAAACCAAAGGUAUCCAUGCCAAACGGCUUUCCACAGGACUUUUCCUAGUCAGUGCCGCCCUUGGUCUGUGUGAAGAAGUAACGAUUUAUGGCUUCUGGCCGUUCUCAGUGGACCUGCACGGGAAGUUUAUUAGCCAUCAUUACUAUGACAAUGUGUUGCCCGAUUCUGGAUUCCACGCCAUGCCAGAGGAAUUUCUACAGCUCUGGUUUCUUCAUAAAAGUGGUGUACUGAGAAUGCAGCUAGAACCAUGUGAGGACCCUUUAAUCCAGUCUUCUGCCUGAGGAUCGUAGUAGUUGGUUUGGGAAAUCCAACAGUUUUUAAUUUCCAUGCUCUCCAACAGAGAGUUCUGUUUUUCUGUUGAUUCUUUUUAAAGGGAAAAUAAUCGUGGAUCUGCAUGGACCAUAAAAAUGCUACUUGAAGGCCAAAUGGAAUACGUCCUUAAUGUAUAGUGCUUUGUGGAACUGGGGUUGGGGGAAGCAAAUCUCUACAUCAAGUCCAUUCAGCAGAUUUGUGAAAAUAAUAUCAGAAGCAGCACAGCUGAACUUUCCAGGGAACGUUUUUAAAUGACCGAUGUAAAAAGGGCAUUAAGGCUCAGAGAGACACAGGGCCACCCACAAGCUUUUGCUGACAGUGCCAAAUAUGACUGUCUGUUCAAAAAUCCAUUUCAUUCCAGUUUGGCAGAGCUUUCCUUUUCCUUUUUUUUUUUUUUUCCCCCCCUCUGUUUGAGGGGGGAUUUGUGUGUAGGCAAGCAUGUGUGUGUUGUUGACUUUCUUUGUUUCUUUCCUUUUUCUUUCCCCACCCCCACUCCCCCUUUUUUUUUCUUUUCCUUUUUUCCCAAUGGAAGGAAAAGGAAAGGCUUAAAAGCCCCAGGAGCUGAGUACCAUCAGCUCUUCUGAAGACUCUUGGGAGAGUGAAGGGUGCUAAGAAUCUGGUUAGAAGAAUGUCCUAGGAAUGCCCUCCUAUUGAGUAUGGAUGGACUUACCUGUUGUAGGUUCUAUCAGGAUAGUUUAGGUCAUUGCACUGAUAGCUAUGCUAAUGCUGUACUGUGGGCAAGAGCUGGUUAAGGCAAAUUGGUCUGAAAAUAAAACGUGUGUUACAAAACCAGUAGGGAAGGGCAGCCUGGUUUCAGCUGACCUGCUGCAAAAUUUCCACAGGGCUUUUGUAGUAGGGAUGGUUCCUGACCUGUUUUGCUGUCCAGCCUUAGGGAUCAAUUCUGUAUUCAUUUGGACUCCAGAUGUUCAUUGACUGUCAAGGGGAUUUGAGGUGUUCAGUGGAAUGCAGAAUGAGGUUCUUCAUUUGCUUAUAGCAGAUAAACUGCAGAAAUGAAUGUAAGUGCCGUUUUAAAUGAGUUGAAGCUUAAAAAAUCCUUUCUCUUUGUGUGACUAGCUCUUCUGCUUGGAUUGUAACGUUAGCCUUAAAGACUUGUACUUUUCUCACAAGAUUGUCACUGGUUAAAGAUAGUCUGAAAAAUAAAACAGCCUUUGGGAGCACUGAAAAGCUGCUUAGCCAGCAAGAAAAAAAAAAAAAGAAAAAAAGAAAGCGGCAGGCCCUUACGUAAGGCAGCCUCUCUCCUCACAGUGGGCGAAUUAUGUCAGUGUGUGCGUUGCACGCACGCUGCUCCGGCCGGCGCAGCGCCUGAAGGACUGUUUUAUUUUGGGUUAUUACUUGGGCAGCAGAUGGUCCUAUCACCAUGUAAAUGAGAAAUCUUUUUGUUUGUUUGCUUUGGUUUAGCAUUGUAGGACAAGAAGAGAAUACCAGCUCAGUGCACAGUGCAAUUUCAGCUGUAAGAUGUUUUCGCCAUUAACUUUAAAAACAUAUAUCAGUGUUCUCUUUUGUAUCCUUCCAUCAUUAGUAGCUGAAAUUCUAGUCAAAGUGUUGAAAAAACAAAACUGUCAUCAGUUUUCCACAACAACUUCCUGUGCUACCUGUUUUAGCUCCAAAGUGCUAGUAUUUUAGGGGAUGUGUCCUAUCGUAUGUUGACAUCUCUCUUUGUGGACUACCAGCUGCAAGUUAUAUAGAUAUAAUUAAAAAGGGGGAAAAAAAAAGCAAAAUCCAUGGCUUUUCUUUAAAUAUGAAUAAUUCAACUAUUUGUGGAGGACAUUGGCAAAAAAAGUUUGGCUUUUAAACCUAUGUUUCAUAAUAAAAUCUUCUACCUAAAUAUGGAUAUUCCAAGCAUAAAGUGGGCACUGUUCCACAGGAUUACAGGACAGUGCUGAACUGUAACAUGGAGAUUUGGAUUAAAUAACAUUCUAGAGAUUGUUCUGAAAAAACCUGAAUGUGCUUCUAUAACCCAUUGUACCUCUGUCCAUGUUUUUGUUAAAAGUACAGUCAACACACUGAUGGAACGUCACUUGAUAAUUCGUUCCCUUUCAUUAUAUUUGUUUUAUCUAUGAUGUGGGUACUCAAUGAGGAAGGAUCUGAACGUAAAAUAUUUUCUUUACUGCUUGUUAUGGCAGAAUUCUACUGAACUGCCUUUCUUGGAGAAGAAGAGAUGCCUGUACCAUUUUUAUUGUACACAUCAAGCUUUGCACAUUUAGUGCUUUAAAGAUAAUACUAUCUGUGAGAACAGUAGCUGAAAUAUGAUGUGCUAGAAUUGGCACUUCAGCAAUUCCUUGGGGGUGGGAGGGAAUGAGGAGAGCAGGGGGGAAUUGCCUCUUUGCUGGUCAUUUUUUUUUGUAUUUUUACCAAUACUUGGGAAUUUAGUUCUGAACCUCUCUGACAGCUCUCCAGCCCUUUGGUAAUCCUUUUUUCCAUGUCUUGGGAAAAUAAAUGGAUUAGAAGAACAAGAGAAAACCAUGUAUUUUUGUGGGAAAACUUUUUGCAAUGUUUCACAAUGUCUGGCUUUUUGAUGUUCAACCAGUGUUCUGGGUAUCUGAAGAUGAUGUAUUUGAUGUGUUCCUCACCUCUGUAAGCCUAAGGCAGACCAAACUUGUAGCCUGUGGUCUUUGUGAGUCCCUUCUGAUGUCUGCAGUCCUGAUGUUUGCAAGGAGAUAGCUUCCAAAAAAUAAUGGUGGUAGAAGAGACACAGGCUGUGUGUGAUGUGUGCUUGAAGUUGGAGAAAUUGGUAAAUCUGGGUCUAUUCACAUUUAUGUACAGUGAAUAUAACUUCAUCUUACAAAGACAACCACAUUUGAUAGGGAAGUAAAGGCUUCAAGGAUAAGUAAUUUUCUAUAACUUCCAGAAAACUGGCAGCUGAGGAAAGAAGAGAAAUUAAAAGUAAUGCCCCUUUUAAGAGCAAAAUCUCUUUCAACUGGCUGACUUGUCAGUCCAUGCAGACACUGACCAGCAAUCAGCCUUUUUUCCAGCAAGUAAAAAGAGACAGAGGCAAGUACUGCAAGUGUUUAAUGGAAAGAGCAGUCACACACACACAAUAAUAAGAAAAGCAGCUGGGAACGUGAGAGUGGCAGCUGCCUGACAGAAAUGGAGUAAAUAUGCUCCGUCCAUGCUGCUGCUCAGCAUAAGGUUUGCCUUGUCUAAAUCUAGCAGGGGUGUCUGUCCAUGUAUAGGAUCAUUGAUGUGAAAUAUGGCAUUGCAAGCAAGGGAAUGAAGUUGUAUCCUCCUUUGGGUGAGAGGUCACACCACGGGAUAGGACCAUACUCCUGCUAAAAGGAAGGCACAGGCAAAUCCAGGAGGCUAACUGUAAACGUUAACCGUGAGAAAUCAGUGUCUUGCAGCGAUGGCAAACUUUGUUCAGCGUGGUUAUAUCCAUCCAGCAUUUACCUGUUGAUUAAUUCCAGUCCAUUGAUGGCAGUGCCCUUAAUCAGAUCUCAUUGCUUCCGUUCUUAUAUUAAAGUUAAUUGAAAUCUUAAUGAUGCUUAUUUUGUUAGUGAGAUUCCCUACUCUAGCUUCACUAUUUCUACUGCCAGACCCUGAAUUUCUCUGUUAGAGUAGCUAAAGCUGCACAAGUCUUUGCCAGGUUGAAAGCUACUGCAAUUCAUCUUCAAUAAAACUAGUUCAGACUGGUUGAAUGAUUUGUUAAUGUUCCUAGGUAUUAAUUUUAUCAUAGAGGUGACAAGGUACAGAAGUGCUGGAAUCAGUGGUCUGCACAGGAAGUAUUGCCCCAUAUUUGUAAUGAGAAUAAAUUCCUUUACACGAGCUGUGCAUGGAAGAUAUUCAGUACUAAAAUCACUCUAAAUGUGAUCCUUUUGGGACUAUAUUUUUGAGUAAAUCAAGACCAAUUUUUGAACUUGUGCCAAAACUAUGUAAAAUUUCUCUUUCCUGUUGAUUAUGAAGCUUUUGGAGCUCCUUCUAAAACAGACAAGCUAAACAGAAGCCAGGAAACAAAAAUCAUAGGGAAGGUGUGCAUGUGCUCAUGAGAAUAAAAGCAUUUAUGAUUUUGGCACAGACCUUGCUGUAAUGCUGUAAGGACUCUUAUUCAUGAAUGUUGUUUUUUUAUAUUUUUGCUGAAAUGAAGAUUCCAGAUUAGGGGAGAACGAGCCACAGAUGUCAAAGGUCCAAGCCUCUGUUACAGCUUAACUUUUGUAGAAUAUAGAAAUACUGACCGUUUUUCAACUUUCACAUUUUUGUUAGCUUCAUCAAAAUGGUGUCAUAACAUACACUGCUGAAUUUGCACCUCUGUGGGACCUGAAACUAAGCAAAGCAUCUGAUUUUUUUUAAAUUGAACAUCUGAACUAUGGUAGUUAUGUAAAACCCUUCCUCUAUACAUCUUCAUGGAAACUGGUUUAGUGUCUGGCUCACCCUUGCCUGUAAUUAACAAGAACAGAAGUGUGAAAACUUUCAGCUAGAACUGAGGAUAAUGAAGGAGGUAAAUGCUAUCUCAUAAUUUGCUGCCUGCUUUGGUUCUUUUAUUCAGCUCAAUAGAUUAGUAAUUGUUGGAAGGAGUCCAGGUUAUGUGAAGGACAGGCAGUUCUUGAAGAGUUGGGUGAUCUGGAAAAAAAGGAAGAUCGAAUCAGUGGUGUAACAAAUUGGAGUGUAGCAAUUCUUUGUAAAGAUUCCCAGUUCAAAGUAAGUGCAGGACAUUUUAAUCUGGUAGUGACUGUGAAAAAUGAACUACCUGUGACCUACUGAUGGUUAUCUGCAGGAUGGCAGCAAAGCAAAAUUUUAUGUGGAGGAGAAACUGAUUAAACAAAGGGAAGUACAAUGGAACAAAGAAUGAUGAUGAAUCUGUCUGUCCCUUCUGUCCUGCCACUCCCCCCAAAACACAUAUAUAAAAUGGACUAACUAGCUAUUAUCCUGAGUCACUGUCUCCAUCAUGAAAUGGUAUGGUGGGAUUUCCAUUAGUUGACACGUCCUAGUAAAUAACAUUCAUCAGACUUUGUCCAGAAAUGCCUAUUCCCUGGCUCAAUGCCUGGGGAGUGCUCCGGGGGCUGUGACUGUCUUGGUGUGCUAUGACCUCCCUAAUGGGACCUGCUCCUAAUGUCAUGUGGUUCCGUCAUAUCUCCGUCUGGGAUCCCUCUAGGAUCAUCUUCUAUCUGUGCCCCACAAAGUCAUCCCAAAGGAUCUCUCUGCUCUGUCCUUCCUGAUGACCGUCUUCAUUGGGUUAGAAGUGUGAUUUAGAAAAUCAGCCAUAUUGUAGCUAAUAUACUUUGUGAUUUUGAACCUCUUUUCUUCUGAAAUGUUGAUAAAACUAACAAGAGUUAACUGCAAAUCAAAAAUACGACUUCAGUUAGGUGUUGGUAAUUCCAUCACUGAGGAAGAGAGAGGAUGGAAUGAGGCUGCAUUUUCCAAAGCAAUUCUUGUAAAAUAACUUCUGGUUCUUUGAAUUCCCAGAUUUUGUCACUUGGAAUCUAUCAGAUAUUUGACUUUUUGGUAGUUUUUGAACAGAACAAUUAGUAAAAGGCUUAUUGGCCUUUUUGUUAAAUAUUAGCAAACUCAUUUUCCUAAGUGUAACACAAAUACCCAACAGGAGACUUAACCUAUCCUCCCUAGCUGGUAUUUCUUUGGCAGCAAUGGGAACUGAAACAGCUAUUUAUUCCUCCCUGAUUAUUCAUUUUCUUCAGGUUUUAUUACGGUAGGUUGAGCCCUAGUGUAUUCAGCCUCUUCAGCUUAAUGUGUAUACUUAAAAAUGACUCUCACUCUGUCUCUUCAGCUGUUAAAAAAAAAAAAAAAGGGGCAGGGGGAAAGUGUUGUUAAUUGAAAAUGGUUGCAUAGGUUCUCUACAAUCAGGAGAGACAGACACCUCUGGAUGGUGAUCCAUAGUUUUCCUGAACUUGGGCUGCAUUCAGAGGUCUCCACAGGGCUGUGAAAACACUCCAGCAGAGUCUGUAAGGCUGAGCUCUGCAGGACAGAGCAGAAACUUAAGCUUUUUCCUUAGUGGUACAGUUUAUUCGUUAGCAUGCGGCUGUGGUUUUUUCAGGCACGCACCGAUGCUGCCCUAACUGGUGCUCAGGCAUGUAUGGGGCAGGGGAUGCAGCUCAGUGAUGUGCUCCUGGGUUGCAGACCAGCUCCUAGGUGAUUACCCAUAGUGGAGUUAUCCCUCUCCUGCUUCACAGUCAAAAGUGCUGGGCUUACUGCAAAUGAUGGCAGCUCAUCUCUUUGGAGACCAGCCUGCUUCUUGUCCUGAAACACUUUCGAUCCCUGGCAAGUCUCAGAAGGGCCCAUUAAAACUGCAUCUUAAAAUAAUGCACAUGUACGUCUUGCUGCUAUUGAGUUGGUCAGCUUUCUGUUGAGCUGAGUAUUUACCCUCUCGGGGUCUCUCUAAAGCAAGUGAACUUUUAGCGCUCAGACCACCUGGAAUUUAUUGUGUUACUUGUCUUCUCCUUCCAAGUUAAACUCUUUUUUUUCUUUCAGAGUGGAUUUAGUUAUUGUGAGUGAAUCCGAAGUGAGUGUAAGAAAGCAAUGCCACAAGUAAUUGUUGGCUGGGUUUAUGAACGAGCUAGUGUUCAAUAAAACACUUAAGUACCUUUUGAAUAGUUUCUGUUGAUUUCUAAUGGUAUAUUCAAUGAAUUGUUUUGCUCAGAUGGGGCCCAUAGCAAAGAUGAGUUACAUGAUUUUCUGUUUAUUGGAAGGGGGCAAUUACAGAUGCAUAAUAUAUUUUAAGCUAAAUUAUUACCAAGAAGCUAGGGAAUCUACAUAUUCUGCAAGAAGCUUUGUUAUUAUGUGAUUACCUUGGUAGUAAAGGAAACAUUUUCACUGAAAAUAUAUGCACAGAGAAAAAGAGAUUUUGAUUACAACAGCGUAAUCUGAGCACUGAGACCCAGAUUUGAGUCCCUGCUUGGUUGUCUUUGACCAGGAUCUCAGUGUGCUGUGAAGUGCUAUAAUCACAACAUCUUUUUCUUCUCUGCAUGUAUUAAUUUUUGUAGAAAAUGCUUGAACACUUUUUUUAUAAUCCUUACGUGCACUGAAAAUAAACACUUCUUUUUCCAAGACCACAAGUUUUCUUUUCGGAUACCCGUAGCUUCUAGCAUGCAAAGCAAAACUGACAGAAGAUGUCCAGUUUUCAGGAGAAUGCUGUUUUGGAGUAAUCUGGCAGGGCUCCUACAAACACGUGAGUUGAUUGCUGCCUCUUGAGCUGUAGAGUUUCAGCAGAUGAUACAGGCUGUGCUGCACUGAAAAUAAAAAAGGUAUUUUAGCUGCAGCUCUGCCUGCUUGAUGUCUCCCAUAUACUGAGUGUUAUUCUUAGUUCUGCGAGGGCUCUUCAAGCAUGGACUUUGAUCCUGAAGGUCAUAAUGUUGACUAAUUUUAAAGGACUGGACUUUGAAUGUAGUGAAAACUGAAAUGAGCAUUGAAACGACUGGAAAUAAGUCCUUUAGUGUAUCAUUUUGUCACCCUGCAUGGUUUAGCCUGUUCCAAAACAUAUCUGAAAGCCAUACUGAAUAUGAGACUUGUAUAUAUGAGGAGGUCACCGGAAGGUGAAUGCCUGAUGCUGCAUAGGGCAAGGACUUUAAAAAAAAACACUGUGUUUUUUAUUUAUAUCAAUAAUGAAAUCCCCAUUGAGCCAAUAUUGGAUUAGGUCAGCAUUCAGUGCUCUUGAAACUCCUACCUCAUAAGCAUUUCAAAGAAUUGUUCUACGCACAGACAGAAACAGUGGCUUUUUCUUUUGUUCAUGCUCUUCGCCUUGCAUUGAAAAUGGAAUGAAAUAUCAAUCAGAACUCUUAUUUACCCUUUUUAGAAGUCUCUGUAGGUUACCUAAAUAAUAUAUAGGCACACAAUUAUAUAAAUAUAAACAAAAUAUUUGAUAGCCUGAAAUUUAUAGUCAAACAUUGAUUGGUAUCUUGAAGAAUUACUUUGCAAUUAUUUGGUGGGGGAAAAAAAAAAAGGCACAAAUUUUACAUGUGAAAAAAGAUCCCGUUUUUUCACCUCCUGAAAUACAUCAAUAACUGAACAAGCCCUAUGUGAGAGAUAUGUGAGGGUUUUGCCUGUAUUUCAAGUUACUCUGCACUUUUACCUUUGUAUUCAAGUCCAUAGUUCUGCAAAGCUUCCAAUUUUAGACUAUUCCGUGUGGUGUCCUUAGAUAAAAAAUUAAGUAUUAUCCUCCAAAUGUAGUCAAAAAAGAAAGAAAACCAAACUCAGGACAGAGGUUUAGAUCUUCUGAGGUUUCUUACUGUACAUAUGCUACCAUUUAGUAGUUGUGUCUAAAGAACUAGACAAAGAUCAGAAAGGAGAUAAAUCUGCAGAAUGGCACAGUCUUGUAAAGAUAAAGGGAUGCAGCAUGUGUUUGCAUGCUUGGCUGAAUUGGGACCUGAAGUUAUUAGCAGAUGUUAGGUCUCUAUUCUUCCACUCUUUCGGUUCUUGUCAUACUGGGGUGAAACGUGCUGUGUUGUUUAUAAUUUCUGCACUCCAGUGAACUUUCCUCUGGUCUCUAAACCGAAAACCGUAACAGAGACGCCACUUCAGGUUUAUUAAUACUGAGUGCAAGCAAGCUUGGUUGCAGUAUUUCACAUCUUCCUACUACUAAUUACUGUAUUAACUCAGAAUUAAAAUGAAGGCUACCUUAUUUCCAGUAUGUCUUACCCCAGAAUGUUGGAAAUCUUUCAUCCUGCAGUGAUUUCUCUGUCAGGUGAAUGGAGUUUAUAUUUAGCUUAGAUGUUUUGAGAGUUGGUUAAGUCAUGCUUGGGAAGUAAAGUGAAAAAACCCAGAAAUUUUACAAAAUACAAAGGUUUAUAUGUUUUGAACAGUGAAAACAAGAAAACGAACAAACAUUUAUCUGACUGAAUUUAUGCUGUUAAAAUCCAGCCUCAUUGUUAGUAAGUACAAUAAGGACUUCAGAUAAUGCAUAGAUUGCAGGAAAGUGAAAAGCCAUGAAUUUUAAUGGGAAAAGAAGGUUUUCUUCUGUCUGCCUGCCCUUAAAUUUAUAAGCCAAAUUCUCUGCUGUCUUUUACUGUUCUGAUUCCCAUCAAAUUAGUAGAAUUGCCUAGAUUUUUAACCAGCUGUCUGCUCUCAAUCCUGAGGGAAUUCAUCCUAUGAAAAUUGUAGAUUAAGGUAUUUUCAAGCAAAGACAGAUUAUUCUACCUAGUUAAAGGUUCCUAUUCUGUAAGCUACUGAUCUUUUUCCAUAAGUAUAGAUCACGAGUAGUUUGUGCUGUUCAUUGGUUGUUUUUGUAAGGCAGAUAACUGCAUUUCAAACAUCUGCUGUAGUAAGGCGUCAGUCUGAAAUCAAAUCAUAAUCUAAGUCAUGUCCUUGUUUCAGCAAGUUGCAUAGAAGUGAUCUGUCAAGUACAUUGUGUCAGCCAAUUGAAAAUGAAAAAAGGAUUUUUCUACAGUGUGAAGCCUCACCACUGACUGACUGUAUCUAGGAGUUAGAUAACCUCAAGUAAUUUACUGUCCAUGAUGGAUCUGAUGCCUGCUAAUAUUUCCACUCAUUGUCAAAUAAUUUUGUUAGAAUUUAUUGAUGUAAUGAUAUGAUCUUCCCCCCCCUGCUAUUUGACUGCAAUUUUUCUUUUCUGAUAGUUUUUGCAGGGAAGAAAUCUUUCUUUAUUCUCUUUUUUUUUUUUUCAAUGACACUAUAUAUCUAAGGUUCAGUUCUAGUCUCAGGUGCUGGCUGUCUUAAAAAUGUUGGUCUUAUGGUUCUUUGCUGUUUUGUGCACAGUUUCAUAACACUGCUUAUGAUGAUCAACAAUGAAGUCUUGACAAAUUAACGUCCUCUUAACAAUUAAAAGUUUUGAGAACUGAAAAUUCUUCUGGCUUUCAUAAAACCCAGCCUGGCUGUGUCUUUGGGUUUUAACCUAAAUAGCAUGCAGUCAAGUUUUGGAUCUUUGCAGUAUCUUAGUGCACUCAUAGUCAAUCAGUCAAUAAAAUAUAAAUUAAUUUCGCAUGGCCUGUAACUACCAUGGUGAUAAAAAUAUUUUUUAUUUUCAUUUUAUGUCUCAUGGAAGUUACAAGCUCAGACAAGAAUAGAAACAACUUGAAUCAGUAUCUGUCACUGUCUUCUUGUUUUUGGUACAUGUAUUCUUUCCAUUGACCUCAUUAUUUUUCAUUUUUUCUUUUGUUUGCAUCUUGGUGGAUAUCUCUCAGGUCUUUUUCCAAUGCAUAAGUUAUUGCUACAUGCAACAUGCAGAAAUUGCAUUUAGUAAAGUUUCUGUUCCUCUGGAGAAUUUACUGGUAGUCUGCAUUUUAAAUGAAGGGGGGUUUGUCCUCUUCUUGAGGGAGAACUGUUUGGGUGAGAAAGCAAGGCAUGAAAAACCACUGCCUGGGUUUGGACUGGCUUGCGCUGAGUACCUGUGCUGGGGGCGGAGGGCAACCCCUGGCUCCUGAACCUCUUGGGGCUUUGGGAGAUUCUCAGGGGUGCUGCCAGGAUGAAGCACGCAGUGUGGUCCCAGCCCUUGCUUGGUGGGGGCUGAGCAGGAGCCACUGCCAUCUGCUGCGUCCUCCCUCCCCAGGAGGUGGCAUGGGGCCCCUGGUGCUCUGACAUGGCCAGCCUUGCUGACCCUGCUGGGAAGGAUAGUUUUGAAUCUGAGAAGUAGUCUCUUAGCUGGAAACUCAUGGAGCCAUGGUUAUGUCAUCCUCUGCCCUGCCUUUCCCCCUCCUGAGCAGCUAGCUCAUCACUAGAGCUGGGUGCUGGAAGCUCCCCUUGGCCGAGUGGCUCCACGCUGCAGCCUCCCAGCACCACAGCAGAGCUGAGACAUCUGCUGAGGGAUGAGCCAGCAAGUGUCUGGGCCCCCGUGGAAGCAGAAGAAACUUCAAGUGCAACAGCUAUAGCAGUCCAAUAGCAACAAGGCUCUUUUUCUUUUGUUGUGGAAGGGAAGACAGUACAAAGCAUUUUCAUGCCAUGCUUUAGCCACUUACAGGUCAAGAUCAAGCAGUCUCAAUGUGCAAACAGUUUGCUGUAAAUUCUGAUUUUUCACUCUGAGCAUAUGGCAGAAAUGUCUCCUAUUUUUAUUUAGAAACUUAGAUAUUUUUUAAAGGUGUAUUUAAGAACAAUUAUGAGUAUCUUAAGUUGGCAACUGAAAUCUUGUAGAGUCAUUUUCAUCUCCAGCUCUGGCAGUUCAAGGGGACACAGCAAUCCUGCCUUCCUGGUGGAAGUCCUUUAAGGAUUCUAAACCUUUCUGUUUCUUAUGCAUAUCAGACACCUUGCUUUAACCUGUGUCAGUGCUGGUUCCAUCUGGCUAUUUCUGAAAGCUCAAGAGAAAAGCAAACAAAGAAAGAUAUGAAGGAAAUUAAAGGUGUGUUGCUGUGAUAUUUUUGUGGAGUGGUACGUUGUUUUGACAAUGAACUGUGAAACAGCAUGCAGAUGACGAUGAAUGUAAAAGAGUGCAUGUGUUUUUAUUUGAAUAUCAUGUCCAUGUAUGUACAGAGUAUGAGCUCUGUAGUGUAAAAAUACUGAAAAGAGACGUGAAAUGGAAAGAAAGUGUUUCUGGCAGUUUUUGCAGUGACCCACAUCCUCUUGUCUAUCUCCCUUUUCACGACCAGACUCAGAUUCUGGUAACAUAAGCUUUACCAUUAAGAUGGUGAUAAACAAACUGCUCUCUUCCUGAAGUUAAAUAUGCUUCCUUCCAGCAUGGUAAGGGGAAAUCUAUUUGCAUUUCCAGCAGAUCAGACUUCCCAGGCAUGGGCUUAUAGGCCUGCACUGGCUGGGAGAUCAGUCGGGCUUACUGGUGGUGUCAUACCAUGUUUCCUGCCCAUGGAAUUCAAUAGUCUGUUCCUGUGCCAGGAAAUAAGCAACUGUGGUUUGGUGUGGUGCUGCUUGCUUAUGGCUGGAAGCUGAAGUGCAAGCUAAAAUGCCAGGAGGUCCCUUCCAUUUCUUGUAGGCACAGACAUGCACACAACUCAAGGAAGGAGUUUUGAGCUUGACUAGAACAGAAAUGGACCAAGCAAAGUUUUUUCAAAAUUAAUAAUUUUGCAUUUACCUGACUGAGGUAUUCAUGAGAAAUCAGUGAUGUCAGGAAGGAGUGACACUUUUUCCCUUAUCCCCAAGUUGCAGCAAUCCUGAAAUACCUGCCCAGCCACAGGGGACCAGGGAACCCACAGCUGGCUCAUCACUGGGGUAAUACCAACUGCCUGGUGUUUUGCUUUUGGAACAAAACAGGUGAUUUGAGGGCAAGUAGCCCAGUAAGUAUUCCUUGAAGGAUCACGAUUGGCUUCUGCUUGUCUCCACCUGUAGCUGCAAGGUCCCUGCUCUCUCACUUUCCCUGUCGUACCAUCUGCACAUAUCAGACCUCCUACUUUGACCCGACCCUGCAAGGCUGGCUAUGAGAGAGGGCAAGACUUGCUCUUGGUGGAGUGCUCAAGCAAGUGAUGCUUGCAUCAGUGGUAAAACAUACCAUACCGUAAAUGUAUGUUUGGAAGGAGCUCAGUGUUUGGUUAAAACAAGCUGACUUGGGAUCCGUCUGUAGUUUAUAGUAAUGCUGGUGUACAAUUGUCCAGGCAGGAUAGAUGCAAGGUGUCUCCUAUCUCUUUAGGGACUGGGCAUAACUGCCUUUUUUGCUCUUUCACACAAUAUUUACAAAGGAGCAAUGUGAUGUGGGAUGUCAGUGUUAGCUGGUGAAUUUUGCCCUCGCGUAAUUCUAGUACUUUUAUUUGCGUUCCUUCUUAUCUUGCCCAGUUUAUUGAAAAAUGUGAUGGUAAUGUGGUAGUUCAAUGUCUUGAGAUGGUUUUAAAGUAGAUAAGCAAACCAUUAUGCCUCUGAGGUUGCAUAAUUCCAUGGAUUUGUCUUACCUCCAGUGACUGGCAUGUAAUAUUUAUUGUAUCAUUUAUGAUGUAUGUAAGCUUUACAGGCUGGAUGUUGUGUCAAAAUGAUGUGAGCACUUGGGUAAACAUCUCCUUGAAUCACCAUCAUUUUGGCACGCUCAGGGGCGAAGGUGCUUUUGUGGACUGUGUUAAACAUCACAAAGUGUGUUGUUGUUUAGAGUCUUGUGAUUAGGGCUUCGAUCUAAAUCUCUCCAAUGUAGCAAAUGUUUGCUGUUGGCUAACACUGUUACAAGGACUAAGGGUUUGUCUUUCUUUGCUGGGCAAUAAUGUAUUUUCUAAUAUGUCAGUAGAAUUUGUUCAUUUUCAAGUAGUGUGCAGCGCUCCUUUUAAGAAUGUCUCUUUUUCAGAUGGUUUCAUGGUGACUGUACCCCAAAAUGUCUAGAUGUUUCUCAAUAGCAAAAAUUGCUUUGUUAUUGAAUGUAUUAUUUAUUAACAGUAUCUUGUUGUCUUUUUCUAGUUGCAUUUUACAAAAUAUGCCACAAGCAUCUCAUGUGAUUUUUAUAAGGAAAGUCUUAUUUAUAAUAUUCAUGCAAGUGGACAGAAACAAAUCUGAAUUUUAUAGUAGUCCAUGCCUUUUUUCAUAGCUGCAGAGUCUUAAUGAGCAUGAUCAGAAGGGACAGGCUCAUUGUUUUGAUUAAUUUUGAUGGAAUUUUUCAAAGGUAACUAUUAUGUUAUUUAUAAUUUGGAUUUAAUUAUCUUAACAAAUAAAUAUCUCCAUUUUAAGAAAUGAAAAUAGUAUCUGUGGGGCUUCUUUUUCUUCUCUUUUCCCCAUUCUCUAACAGUAUCUCCAAACAAUCAAAGUCAUCUCCUCUUCCUCUUUAUGUUGUCCUGUAUGGUCUAUUGUCAUGUCAAGAUUUACAUCCAUUGUCCUCAUCUGGUAUUUCUGGUUAUUCUGCUUACUCAUUUCCUUUUCUUUGUAGUUUAGUCAGUGAGACAAAUUUAUUUACAGUGUUAGUCUGAGAAUUAACCUGGGGCUGAACCUGUACAUUUUUGCCCUCCCAGAACAACCCAGAAACACAAGUUUGGGUGCAUAUAGGAAUCCCAAGGAGACACCAGCAUUUUGUCAGAGGUUCCCAUGCUGCACUUGAAUCAGCGUAACUGAAUCCUGCUUGCUUGGAAUGGAUGUUCCAGCGCUCAGUCUAAUACCCACAUUAGAGGCCUUGAGUACAUUUUCUAAAACAAAUGAUGAUUCUAGUGUCUGAAGAUCUGAUUGACCUAGCUUAUACGUCUUCAGAUUUUUAAGUCAGAUUUUCCAAGCGCAGAUUUUUUGUGUACAAGCCUCUUCAAGAUAGCUGGAGUUUGACACUGAGUUCUUUUUGAGAUUAAGAAAAGGUCCUCUCUCCCUUAAGCUUCCCCAUGCCACUUCCCUUUAAAAACAAUGGAAGAUAUAGGAUUAAAUGGACCUGGCCAUUCCAGGGACAGGAGGAGUAGGGUUCCCUGGCCUGGUAGAUACAAAACAGCAAGCAUCUCUUUCUGUCUUCAUUGGAAGACUUAUCCAUAGCAAAUAUAGUUCUUUGCCAAGGGAAGAGGGGAAGACUGAAGCUCCCUUUCCUUUAGCCACGAUUGUUGUUUUUCAGAAAACUGCUUAUUGAAGAUGAGUGAGAGAUCACUUAACUUCCAGUUUAUUCAUGUGUGGGCAGAUAUGAAUUGCUGAAGCCAGAUGAGGACAAAGUCCUAGUGAUUAUGUUUAUACUAUAAAUCCUCAGGUGAUGCUUUAACUUUCCUUGGCUCUCUAACACUUUUAUUUCCUUUCGCUAAAUGCAUUUUCCUACCCAGUAAGUAGAUGAGAGUUCCUUGUUCUUCUCAUUUAAUGUUUCUUAAUUUUCAGAAUAUACCAUUUCCAUCUAGGUCACUCACUAGAUUUCUUCCUGUUGCAAUGAGGAACAAAUGUCAAUGGAGGCUCACAAAAUGAGAACUCCCUGCCUCCAAGGACUUCUGCCAAGUGAGUGGUCCAUGGGUGGAAGCUUCUGCACAGGGUCUGUCUGUUGUGGUCUUGCUUGUAUAGUGCACAUUGGCAAUGCUGCCUUGGAUAGUGGGAAACCUAGGUCAAAUCUCUGAGUCCUUGAAGCUAAACUUCACUUUUAGCUUAUUAACUGCUACUUGAAAGCUAUGUCUUGCAGAUACUCUUAGAUUUUUUUCCCACUGGAAAGGAAUCGUACCUUGGCUAUAUCACUGACUCCCAGUUUGGGUGGGGUUUUUUUAGCCCUAUGCCUCUUCUUCCUAGUCCUUUAACCUUGAUAAGCUUUUAUUGAUUCCUUGUAUGAAAAUGUUCUGUGGAAAGGCAAAAUGUCAGCAGUAUCAGUGCCUCAGACUCCCUCCAUCUGGCUUUGACAGGAGAUGCUUGGCUGUCAUAGGGAAGGUUGUUGCUGGGGAAGAGAAACCUACCCAAUGCAGGAAAUUCUCUUGGUAUCUCACUUGAAAUCCUCCUCUACCCAGAUUUCCAGUCCUCUGCUACAUACACAGCUUGGACAGCUUGGUGAGGGUGUUACUUAAGCACCUUGGCUUCUGCGUAUCUGUUUCCUUUACGCGCUUUCCCAGUUCUUAUCUUCAUGGCAUUUUAGCAGAAGUGUUACACAUCUUCUAUUGCUUGAUCUGGAUGUCUGGCAGAAGAUACACUCCUAAAUGAUAAAACAGCUAUCAGUGAGAACUGCAGUGUAAGUAUUGUGGCAUUAAUGAGUAUAGUUUUAAGAGAGAUGUUCCUGUCUGGUGCAAUUGUGCCUAAAUGUUCAGAUUUAUGAAGUUGUUGCAUCAGGCUUUUGCACAGGGAUCUACCAGUUGGCUGUGGCAUAUUUGCUUAAGCCUGUUCAGCAACAAAGACAUUUUAGCCUCCAUCAGGUUGCAGGUGAUGUACAGCAUGUACUGUCUUCCUAAUGUGACCACAAAAGUGGUUUAUGUGUAACAUGAGUAACAACUUCAAGUAGAGGUUUUCAGGAGAAGACACAUAGGACUUAGGAGAAAAGGUUUACUUGCGAUUUCUGCUACAGACUGCCUGCUUAACCCCCUCAAACUGAUUAACCACUUUAUGUCAAAUUGCUGCUGUCUGUCAAUGAGGACUAAUUCUUCCCAGUCUCAUAGGUGGUAAGGUAAAAUUUUUUAAUGCAUUUUUAAAAAUGCUAGCAGAGAGAAUUGGAGUCUUGAAAGAAAUGAGAUACCCUGCCUACAGGUCAUCCAGUUGAAUGCUAGUUACAGGUCACCAUGACAUUUUGCUUUGCCAUAACUGGUUAGAGAAUACUUUAAGUGUACCACAACCAUGAGAAGUUGCAUUAUCUCCAUCUUGAUUAAACUGAUACAUCAUAAAGCAUCUUCCUGUAUCACCUAUUCAGUGUGGUAAUUAACUUCCCAUCAGUAGUGCAGCAAUUUAUCUAUCUAUCAAGCCAAAGGCCUUGAAUCUUCUCUCCUCCAGACUAAGACUCCCUAGACUUUUAGUUGUUGUUUUUAAUGAAAGCCAUCCAGUAACUCAUUAUCCCUGUUGCUCUUCCCUGCAGUCUUCCUGGUCCUACUUCUUUCACGAGGUUUCUUCUCACUGUUUUCAGUGGUUGUCAAAUCAGACGUUACUCAUCUCCAGCUUUUAGCCUUUUCCCUGAUAACCUCAAGAUCUGCAAGUCUGGUGGGGUUAGCAACUGAAACUGAAAUUUAGAAUGAGAACAUUUUUGCCCUUGUGUUUUCUUUAACGUAAAUGUUCAGUUUAAUUUCUGUAUGCAUCCUGGAUUUUGAUGGCAAGGCUUAAGAUACCUAAAAUAGACUUUUGACUAAAGAGAGAUUUAAAAGGAAACCCUAUCCGUCUGGCUAUUUUUUAGAAAGAAUAUUAAGACACAAUUACUUUCUGUGAAAAGAUCUGCAUGGGCUUCUUUUCUAAAGAGGAAAAAGAAUGAGUUUUGUUACCCUGAAAGAUAUUGUGAGAUGGAAUGAAUCAUUGGCUCUGGUCCACUCUGCUACAGACUCCUUUCAUUUUGUAGGCAUUUAACAGGAAUAAGACUAUGAUGUGUUUUAGUCCCUCUUGACCCAAUUUGAUCCAGCUUUCAAAAAGACCACUGUAGUAUUUUCAGUAUCUUGAUCUGUCAGUUCAUCCACUUUGUAAUUUUUCAUUAAUAUGCACCCAUAAAUGAGCGAAAAACUAGGGUUUUCUUAAUCAGUGCCAGCAAUGUAGAUAACCUGCAAAAUGGUUAAAGAAUAGUCAAGCACAUGUAUAUACUGCCAAAGAAAAUUUCAGUACUGCAAAAAAGAUUCCAGAUAAUUUUCAGGCAAGAUAAAUGCAUAGAUUUCUUGGAACUUUGUAUUCACUAUUUAGAAUUAAAACUGUGAUACUUACAGAUGUACCUGUUGAAAUUAAUCUAUACCCAUGGUUGUUACACAAAAAUAUUUCAUAAGACAUAGAGUACUUUCUCAAAAAAGGGAACAUUCUUUUGCUGUGUUAUGCAGGCUUACUAGAAGAAAAACAUUAUAGAUGAUGAGGAAUAACUAUUCAGAAUCCCUGUUUUAGAAAUUAUCUGUCAUGAUACUAAAAAUAAAAUACAGCUGUGUAUGCCAAAUCAU